GAGUGAGCGGGAGGCGAGAGAGGCCUGCGCGCCUUGUGUGUUGUGGGGCAGCCCAGCCACCCUCUCGGCUCCCCGCCUCCCGCCGUCUAUCCCACAGCCGCGUCGCAAGGCCGAAGCGGCGGUGAGGAGGAGGAGGAGGGCGCCUUCUCCCCUCCCCAAACGACGACCCUCUUUACCCGCCUCUCAAGCUCAGCCCGCUCCGGUGGGGGGCAGAAAGGAAACCCCUUGGCAAGGAGGAUGACGGGCCCCCGACGCGGCUUUAAAGAAAUAUGCAUUGUUACAAUUUUAUUUUGGAAUUGAUGAAGUGGAAAUACAGAUGAAACAAGUUUGCAGGAUAUCAACUCUACAGCACCAUUUCAUCCCACUCAUCAGCAAAAGAAAACAAAUUGGAAUAAUUAAACCAUUGCUUCAACUGGCCACCAAGUCUUCUAGCAGAUUUUGCUAAACAGUCCAGCUUAGAACUUGUCAAGCAGCAGGGCAAUUUGCCAAAGUUGACAGUGCACAGGAAGGAUUUAUAUUCGAACAAUGAUUUGUCUGAAAGUUUACAUCAGAUUGCUGGGGUUCUAUGCAGUCAUCAUUUCUCAAGUUCAAGGGCAGAAUCUAGACAGCAUGCUCCAUGGGACAGGGAUGAAGACUGAUCCUGAUCAGAAAAAGCAGGAAGAUGGAGUCACCCUAGCUCCAGAGGACACAUUGCCCUUUUUGCAGUGCUACUGCUCAGGGCACUGUCCAGAAAAUGCCAUUAACAAUACAUGCAAAACUAAUGGACAUUGCUUUGCCAUAAUCGAAGAAGAAGAUAAUGGUGAAAUUACACUUGCUUCAGGCUGCAUGAAGUAUGAAGGCUCAGACUUCCAGUGCAAGGACUCUCCAAAAGCACAACCACGACGGACAAUUGAAUGCUGUCGGACAGAUUUCUGCAAUCGAGAUUUGCAGCCCACAUUACCUCCUCCCAUAAGUCCAGAUGGCAUCUUUGAUGGCAGCAUACGUUGGAUGGCUGCAUUUAUUUCUAUGGCGGUCUGUAUAAUAGUUAUGAUCAUCUUAUUUAGCUGUUUCUGCUACAGGCAUUAUUGCAAGUGGGUAGCAAAAAGAGGAUGUUAUAAUCGUGACCUGGAGCAGGGUGAAGCCUUUAUUCCAUCUGGCGAGUCACUUAAGGAUCUUAUUGACCAAUCACAGAGCUCUGGCAGUGGUUCUGGACUUCCUCUGUUGGUCCAGCGGACAAUUGCCAAACAAAUUCAAAUGGUGCGGCAAGUUGGAAAAGGGCGAUAUGGUGAAGUCUGGAUGGGUAAAUGGCGGGGUGAAAAAGUGGCAGUGAAAGUAUUUUUCACCACUGAAGAAGCCAGCUGGUUUCGAGAAACUGAGAUUUACCAGACAGUUCUCAUGCGCCAUGAAAAUAUACUUGGUUUUAUAGCAGCAGAUAUUAAAGGCACAGGCUCCUGGACCCAGCUCUACUUGAUUACUGAUUAUCAUGAAAAUGGGUCAUUGUAUGACUUCCUGAAGUGUACCACUCUGGACAACAGAUCUCUGCUCAAACUGGCUUACUCUGCUGCUUGUGGCCUGUGCCAUUUGCACACAGAGAUAUAUGGAACACAAGGCAAGCCUGCUAUUGCACACAGAGACCUGAAAAGUAAAAAUAUCUUGAUAAAGAGAAAUGGGACUUGCUGUAUUGCUGAUUUGGGCUUAGCUGUCAAAUUCAACAGUGAUACAAAUGAAGUUGAUGUCCCUUUGAAUACCAGAGUGGGAACAAAGCGUUACAUGGCUCCAGAAGUCCUUGAUGAAAGUCUGAAUAAAAAUCAUUUCCAGCCAUACAUUAUGGCUGACAUCUACAGUUUUGGCUUGAUCAUUUGGGAAAUGGCUCGGCGUUGUGUCACAGGAGGUAUUGUUGAAGAGUACCAACUACCCUAUUAUGACAUGGUGCCGAAUGACCCUUCGUACGAGGACAUGAGAGAGGUCAUAUGUGUUAAGCACCUGCGCCCUAUAGUAUCUAAUAGAUGGAAUAGUGAUGAGUGUUUAAGAGCAAUAUUGAAAUUAAUGUGUGAAUGCUGGGCCCACAAUCCUGCCUCUAGACUUACAGCUUUGAGGAUUAAGAAGACACUUGGCAAGAUGGUAGAAUCUCAAGAUGUUAAGAUUUGACCAAGAAAUGCCAUUGGACUGCUAUGCCUCUUCACUCAAGCAAGUAUAGGGUCUGGUGGGAUGGGGCUGGGUCUGAUUUUCAGCCCCCUUCCUCACCACUUUUACAGGCUGCUAAUACUAUAUCUUUCAGUACUUUGUAGAAAAUGGUAUCCACGUACACUAUAUGGUAUACAUGUGGAUAGCCUCAUUUUACUUUUUUUGUUUUUGUUUUGAGCUGCAUUGAGAUUUUCUUCACACUUUCAAACUCCCCUAAAACUCACUGAGUUCUGAAUUUCAUAUUCAGAUGAUAGUGCUUUCUGUGAAAGCCGUAAGUUAAAUGAAUUAAACAGCGGCGGCGGGGAAUAAGCUUUUGCCUACCUGAUGAUACCAUAUCAAGUCUUGGUGGAUUAGCCUGCGGUCUGGGGUACUAAAUAAUUUGAUAAUUCCUUAUGCCUUUUAUGGUUUUGUGUGGGCGUGCCAGGAUUUUUCUGAUGCCAUUUGGAGUACCUAAGAAGCCAUUUAAUUUCAUGCAAAACUACUAUUUUCUUUUGCAAUGCCUUGGCUCAGAAUAUGGAACCUAUUUGGAUUUCAAAGAAAAUCAACUUCUGCCUUCUUCUGUGCUGCAUGGAAAAAUUAUAUACGUUUCAUAACCAAAAACCAAAACGGCUACUAUAAACCUAUGCAGUAAGUCAUCAAGUGUGAUGUGAAGAAUGGACUAGAAUACAAUUCAUACUCCCAGUGCUAUGAAUUCCCCAAAGACUGAGCACACAACAUGGAACAGUUAAACGUAUCCGAUAAUUUAAGUGCCUGUAAUCUUGUACUGUAAACUAUCUUAGCUAGCUUUAAAAAAGGGAAGUUAUUUAUAUAGUGUUCAGUGUACUUUUAUUUGCUAAAUACCUGCUCUUUUGUAUAUGUGUAAACAACAUACAUCUGAAAAUAAUGAAACUUAAUAAUCAUAUUCAAGGUGAAUGUGACUUGCAGAAAUGUUGGAUAGUCUGUCAAAAUAUGUGCAUGGAUA